AUGGGUGUGGAGAAGGGCGAAGAGAUAAAACCUGAUGAGGCAUGCACGUCAGAGAAUCCUGCAGAAACCAGGAGGAAGAAGGAAAUGGACGAAGGAAGGGAGAAAGAAAAAGAAAAGACACAGACAGUUCCAUUUCAUAAGUUGUUUGCUUUUGCAGACUCCACUGACACUCUUUUAAUGAUUGUUGGGAGCAUUGGUUCCAUUGGAAAUGGUGUGGCUUUACCUCUCAUGACAUUGCUAUUAGGCCAAGUUAUUGAUAAGUUCCACACUGGUGACCAGAACUCUAACCUACUGGAACAAGUCUCCAAGGUUUGUCUUAAAUUUGUAUACCUGGCACUGGGAGCUGGGAUUGGAGGGAUUCUAC